UUCUAUUGGCCUCCUUACAUCAUCAGUCCCAGAUAUUGUAGGAUUGCUGACUGGGAAUUUGGUUAAAGGGCUGAAUAACAACAAAACAAAAGUGUAAAAGCACGUUAGGCUGCGGCGAUGUGGGGACGCCAGGCAAUGAAAGGAAAAUGUCAGGUCUUCUUCGAGAACAUUUGAACACAUUAGGUUUGCAAACACAACCCUUUCAGCUAUGUUAUCUUACAAUAUGAGAACCACGCGUGACGUUUGAUCAAUUGAUUCCCAGUGGGUAGGAUAAAUGUGAGAAGAGCGUCUUUUCCUAAAAUAGAAAACCCUUUAAAGUCUAACAAUCUCUCUCUUGGAAUGCCUGCUUCCUAAACUGUCACCUCUAAAAGGAAUUCCUAUUGUUGUCUGCCUUUCACGCAGUCUCUGUUUCUCACUCAAACCCUCCCAGAACAUCUGCGCUUUGAAUUUCCACGCCACACUCACCAACAUGCUGUGAAAGCGCGCCUUGAAUGCACAGGUCAGCGUUUAACUAUUUCACAAUUCCAAAUUGUCCCAGUAACAGUUUGGCAGCUUGCACUCUUGCAACUUACUCAUGCUUUGCAAACCACUGGUGCAUAUGUGCGUAAAAAACGUUGUGGGCUUUCGAGGUUACAAAGUGGGACUUGCGGCGCGCGCUGCAGGAGUCUCCGGCCAAUGGAGUUCAAAGCCACAUGCGCAACCACACCGUGCAAAAGCAUGAAAAUAUCUUCUCAGCUACUAGUUUGAGCAUACUGGAAGUCUGCCAGCAAGAAAGGAGGGGACGAUUUUUACUUUUCUGUUUAACACACACUACCAAGUUUGCCCGUGUGUCUUUAUUCUGAUUUGGAACAUUUGGAGGAAUCUUUCAACAGGUGGAACGCGGUAAGAAUGGCAUUUCCGUAGAAACCCGAGGUCACAGAUAGCACUAGAGGUCAAACAAACUACCAAGAAAGUGGAAAAUAAGUUCUUUCUCGGUAAAAAAAAAAAGGCAUUGCUUUAUGUAUUUUUUAAAUAAUUCAAAAGCCAGUCGCAGCUUUAGUGACACAAUGUGUAGAUUUGAGCUUUUCACAAAGAUUUAGAGGGAAAAUAAAGCCAAAGUGAGGAAAGUGUGAAGGCGCUUGUUGCAAAACCCAGUAGUUUUGUUUUUGAUCCCACACAGUUAACCGUGCUUAUAAUAUCCAGGAGUGCACGAGUGAGUAAGUGCACAUCUUGGACCAGAAAUAGCACCGCAGAGUUUUGCAUUACGCUGGUGCUGCUUCAGAAUGCUUCAACUGCGAGUCCCGUGAAUCUCGCGCGUAAAGGCCUGUUAAUAAACAUCUUUGGGAUCCCUCGCGUCUCCAAAUAUUGACUCAGUUUCUAACGCGCGAGAUAUGCCACUGUCAGCAAAGCUCUUGACGAGUUAAUUCAUGCAGCAUUCAAAGAUAUUAGACCCGCUUUAUCCUCCCAAAGUUAGGCAAAAAUAUUGGUCCCCUUCGAUUAGUUCCUUUUAGUCACGAGCAGAGUAUGUAAAUCAAAAAUCAAUGUAUUUUUGUUGCAACAAUUGAAAAGUUUUAUAUUUAAUGUGCAUGUGCUAAAGAAUUGCUACCAUUACAAGAUAUACAUUCAGAGCAAAGUCAUAUUUGCAACUAAAACGUUUUGUUUGCAUUGAAACAGGCUUAUUCUCAGGUUAUAAUUGAAUUUAUAAGGGCACAUCACGUCAUAUUUUUUGUUGUUGCACAUUUUUGUUAGUUUUUGUACACAGCUGAUGCUUAAGUCCUUUACUUAAAAAAGAUAUAUACAUAUUUUAAAAAUGAUCCCGAAAAGUUAAAUCCACUUUUUGUCAACUUAUUUGUCUUCCAAACCUGCAAACUGGGGUGACCGCGGCUGAAAGAAAAAUGAUCCACACCAACACAAGCAACAUCUGCUGAACAACGAAAUACUUCACACACUUCAGUGUAAGAUUCCAUCAGCUGUUACUUACAGAAGCCUUUCGACUUAUUUUGCUCUUUGCUGUGCAACGGCACCACCUCCUGUGACCCUCAUGUGCCGCCGUCCUCGGUCUUCAGCAAAAUUACCCCGGAUCAUAACAACAGGUCUUGUCCAAUACACUUUUCUCCUCGGAACAAUGAUCGCGCCUCGCCCUUUUCACUAAUAAGACAAACGGAUUCCACCGGGCGGACCCCAGAAUUCACCGCGGAGAGAGGCAAACAACUGGAUCUGCACGUUUCACAGCCCAUAUCUAAGCACUCUGGACUAUUUUGAACAUCGAGUUUUGCUGCGAAUAACUUUUUUUCUUCGAUCAAAACCGAUCUUUUACGCGCGGACAGCGGUGCGUAAUCCGUGCGUAAAGUUGACCGGCAUGCACGACGGAGUAAAAACAAACACUUCAAUGUAUCAUUUGAGAUUCGUAGAACUUAUUUAGUGCCAUUCUGUAUGUGUAUUUGCCGCCCAGUUUAAUAAUCGCAUAUAGUGAAAGUGAAUGGAGAGCAACAAAUUUUCUUUGCACAGUUGUAUUUCUUUUUUUCUUUUUGCCGCCAUAGACGGCGGGAAAAGUCGCCCGUUUAUCUGGAUAAACUUUGUUGGAGUUUUUAUGUUACAAAAAUAUUUUGCAUAACAACUAUUUUCCUAUCCCAAGCUUUGCCUCAGGCACUGCGCAUGCGUGCUGGCUGCUGCUGUCACUAAGACAUUUUUCAUCACGCUGGAAACUGUCACCGGUGACGUCAAUCACAGAGCUCUGACCAAUUAGAAUUCGCGGUGAUUGUUUAGCUCCACGGGCUGCAGCGCCUACCAUGAAUCUCUAUUCAGUAUCAAAGCGUCCUGCUGCUGCCUCUCAACCGAAUGGGAUUCCAUGUUGUCUGCAGAUAGGCUUAACUUAUAAAGUUUUUUCCUUUAUUUUUUUCAUUGCGAUUAAAAUAUAUUUGUCAUCAUCAUUAUUAUUUUGCCUGCUGUCAAGUUAUUCUAAAAUUAGGAAGUAAUGAGCGUGGAUGCUUUGGGAAGCCCCGUGAUGGACCCUACGUUUUCCAAACGGAACACGGCGCUGAGAUUAGUUGACUUGGCAGGGGCUCACCACCAUCACCAUCAUCACCACCAUACCCCUCAGAGCGUGACAGGCUUCCCGGGGUUCAGCAGCCAUCCACACUCAAUGGCUCACUCGCACCCUGGGGAGAUUACUGCGGAACCCCGCCUGGGGCCGAGUCCAUUCGGGCCAGAACACAUGGGGCACUCCGCGGCCCUCAAAAUCAGCCCAGCCCAUCAUUAUCCCCACCACCAUCACCACCACCACAAUCAUCAUAUGGCAGGCCACAGUGAAGUGGUCUCCAGUCAAACGGGAGCUUUUGGCCCGGUUCAGGCGACAUCGGUCCCUUAUUCUAUGUCUCACUCGGCCCAGGCUUUAUCCGCAGGUAGCUAUCCGGGACACUAUGGUCAUCACCCUGACGCCGGGAACCAUACAGCCCUCUUCCCCGGACUUCACCACGAGCAGAAUUCGAGCGGAUCACCGGGUGGCCAAGCCCUGAGUGGACAAAUAAGGUUAGGACUACCUGGAGAAAUGUACGUUAGAUCGGAUCACUUAAGUCAAGUAGCAAGCUCCAGGGCUGAUCCGUUCUCCGCUUCGCCUCUGCAUGGCUACGGCGGUCUGAAUCUCAACAUGAAUCUGAGCGCUCACCACCACCACCACGGAGCCGGUGCGUUUUUCCGCUACAUGAGGCAGCCCAUAAAGCAAGAGCUGAUCUGCAAGUGGCUGGAGCCGGAGCACUCGCCAAAGAAACUUUGCUCCAAAACUUACAGCACCAUGCACGAACUCGUUACGCAUGUGACGGUGGAGCACGUCGGAGGACCGGAGCAGGCGAACCACAUUUGUUUUUGGGAAGAGUGCCCGCGGGAAGGCAAGCCGUUCAAAGCAAAGUACAAACUUGUGAAUCAUAUUCGAGUGCACACCGGGGAGAAGCCGUUUCCAUGCCCGUUUCCUGGUUGUGGAAAAGUUUUUGCGAGAUCGGAGAAUCUGAAGAUCCACAAAAGAACGCACACAGGUGAGAAGCCCUUCAAAUGUGAGUUUGACGGCUGCGACAGACGCUUCGCCAACAGCAGCGACCGGAAAAAGCACUCCCACGUCCACACCAGCGAUAAGCCCUACAACUGUAAAGUGCGAGGCUGCGAUAAGUCCUACACGCACCCCAGCUCCCUGAGGAAACACAUGAAGGUGCACUGCAAGUCUCCUCCGCCCAGUUCGGGCUACGAGUCUUCGACCCCUUCCCUGGUCUCCCCCUCCUCAGACUUGGGCAGGGAGCCAGCGGGCUCCUCUGUGCUGUCCGAGCCGCUCGGAGCCUCCCAGUCAGCCAAUUUAAGCGAGUGGUACGUGUGCCAAAGCUCAGGUGCCAGCGGCGCCCAAACACCACCCAGCGGUCAGUCCACACCGGAUCACGCACAUGAUCCGCCUUACAGAAACCCGCAACCGAGGGAUGCGUUUUAGCGCAAAUGAUCUAAAGGUUAUUUAGAAGAAAUAAUGGGUUUGGCUUUGGCCCCAGCCUACCUGCGAGGCCCCACUGGUCCACUUUUGUGAAUGAGCCACCAAACAGACAGCCAAGACACUUAACCACUGUGGAAGGAAAUGUCCUCUCCUUAGAAACGUGCGAACUUCAGACCGCAGUUAUUUCAAACCCCGCUGGCUCUGUGACCAUAUCCGCCCUGACUGCUCCACUUGCGGAGACAGUCGUGUAAUUCUGUUAGAGAAAAGAAAAAAAAUAACGUGGUUUAUUACUAUAGGCUCUAGGCAUGUCGGUGUAACAUGAAUUUGUAAAUACAAUCUUGAAUAUGUUUUUAUUUAUUUUUAUUUUGGGGACUUAUGAUACUGAAUUUCAGUUUUGUAAUAUUGAACCAAAGUGCGCGUUUGAACAUGUACAUUUGUACAUUUUUGUAUAGGUUUUAUUGUGUCGAUGUCAAUAGUUUUGUAAAAGUCUGUCUGGGCAGGUUUUCUCACCUGCAGCUCCUAUUUGUACAAACAUUUAUGUUUAUAUCUUUAUUAUUUUUUUCUGACAUUGUGCAACAAUUCACUUGUUUCAUAUCUACAGGAUAUUUGGUACUCAAACGUGGAUUUCUUAAUGUUUUUUUUUAAGUGGGCAUUUUGUGACUUUUGUAUACCUGUCGUCAAGAUUUUCUUUUGUCUGAAAUCGAUCGGCACUCAAACUCCGAAUUGCCUUGUUCUUUGUGAGUAUUUUGAAUAAAUCAUAUGAUAAAAGAGGGGA